CUGCUGCUGGUUGUCACUCAUUGUGCUUCGAACACGGGUAGCGACAAGGACCAAAAACCCCUGUCCGUCCGUCCAUCCGUCUGUCCGUGCGUCCGUCCGUCCGGUACCGGUCUGUCCGUCUGUGGAACACCGUAUCUGGUUUUCAUUCACCUCGGCGGGUUUAAAGUGAGAAAUAUCUGUGACUGAUUUUACAAUGCUUCAGAGAAUCCCGGAGCUCCUGUGGGGUCUGCUGCUCCUCCUCGGCUGUGCAGCUGCCAUCCAGGUGCAAAUUGUACCAAUGAGAGGAGAGAUGAGCAUAGGAGAGUCCAAAUUCUUCGUAUGCGAAGUUGUGGGAGAUGUUAAAGACAUUGACUGGUACGACCCCCUUGGAGAGAAGAUCCUUCCAAACAGACAAGACAUCUCAGUAAACCGCUACGAAGAAGGCUCGACAUUCCUUACCAUUUACCACGCCAGGGUGUCUGACGCCGGCAUCUACAGGUGUGUGGCCAGGAACGGCAAUGAAGAGGCUGAAGCCACCGUCCAAGUCGAAAUUUACCAAAGGAUCACGUUCGUGAGUGCCCCCAGCCCACAGGAGUUUAACGAAGGUGACAACGCCAACAUAGUCUGUGAGGUGGAGAGCUUACCACCGGCAGAUAUCCAGUGGAAAGUUAAGGGCAACAGGAUCCGACCUGAUAAAGAUGUGCGAUUCGAGUACAUGCCAAAGGGCCACCUGCUGAUCCACGGCAUCAAGAAAUCAGAUGAGGGCAUGUACAACUGUGAGGCUCGUGUCCCGAUAAGGGGAGAAAUUGACCUCAGGAUGAUCAAGGUCGUUGUUAACGUGCUUCCCUCUAUCCGUGCUCGACAGUCGGAUGUCAACGCCACGGCGGACAACGGCAGCUCUGCUCUGUUGGCAUGCGACGCCGACGGCUUCCCUGAACCCACCGUCACCUGGACACAUAACAACAUUGUCCUUGAAUCUGGUGAUAAGUACAGCCUGAACGAGGAUGGCUCAGAAUUGGUAAUAAAAGACGUCAAGAAAGUGGAUGAAGGAGAUUACACUUGCAUCGCCAAGAACAAGGCAGGAGAGAAAGCUGAGGAAGUCAGUCUGAACGUGUUCGUGCAACCCAAGAUUACCUACCUGAAUAACCAGACUGCUGAAGAGUUUGAUGACCAGGUGGCCCUGACCUGCGAGGCCUCGGGCGACCCCACACCCACCAUCUCCUGGAGCUUUGAGAACAGGGUGUUCACUGAAGGAGAGCAGGCUUCUUGGACGCGACCAGACAAAUACGAGAGCCUUGACAGGAACAUCGUCGUCCGGAGCCAUGCACGAGUCUCCUCCCUCACCUUGAAAAAUGUGCAGUUCACAUAUGCCGGCCAGUAUCUGUGCACCGCCAUCAACUCGAUUGGUCAGGACAGCCAGUCCAUGUACCUGGAAGUCAGCUAUGCUCCAAAGAUCCUGGGUGAUGUGACCGUGUACACGUGGGAGGGAAACCCCGCCAACAUCAGCUGUGAGGUGGAGGCCCACCCCGGGGCCUCAGUUCUCUGGUUCAGAGACGGCCUGCAGCUGCCCACUGCCAACAGCACCAACCUGAAGAUCUACAACACACCCACUGUCAGCUACCUGGAGGUCACCCCUGAUUCCCAGAAUGACUUUGGGAGUUAUAACUGCACAGCGACGAACACAUUGGGAACAGAGUCAAAGGAGUUCCUCCUCAUCCAAGCAGAGGUGCCAUCAUCGCCUGAAAUCCAGCAAGUGGAACCUUUCUCCACUACCGCUGUGGUGGAGUUUGAGGAGCCUGACUCCAUGGGUGGAGUGCCCAUUAUCAAAUACAGGGUGGAAUGGCGUUUGGUGGGAAAUCAGUGGGCAGGCGAGGUGUUCGAUGCAACAGCCGACAUGACCAAGAUCACCAUCUCCGGCCUGAAGCCUGAGACUGACUACGAGGUCAAGAUGUCAGCCAUUAAUGGCAAAGGUGAAGGCGAGAGCAGCGUGGCCAGCACUUUCAAGACCAAUCCAAUCCGGUAUUCUUUCACAAACAGCAGUCCAUUUCUUUACUCUAACGUGGCUUCAGUUUCAUCAGAGAUUCCACCCACUAUCGCUGCCACCACUAUGGCCCGUAAAGGGGAACCCAGUACCCCCAUACUACAGGUCAAGGUCCACAGCAACGGCAACGCUCUUAAGGUCAACUGGAUCAAGCAGGAUGACGGCGGUUCUCCCAUUAAACAUUAUCUGAUCCGAUACAAGGCUAAACAUGUCUCGGAUUGGAAACCGGAGAUCCGCAUCCCCUACGGCAGCGACUACGUCAUACUGAACGGCCUGGAGUGGAAUACAGAGUAUGAGGUUCACGUUCUGGCAGAGAAUCAGCGGGGCAAGUCCCAGCCCGGCAUCCAGUACAUGAGAACAGCCACACAGCCCACCACCAUCCCAGACGGUACCAGCGGGGGAUCAGGCCUCAGCACCGGCGCCAUCGUGGGUAUCCUCAUCGUUGUCUUCUUCCUGCUGCUGGUGGGUGUGGAUGUCACUUGCUACUUCCUCAAUAAGUGUGGACUCCUCAUGUGCAUCGCUGUCAAUGUCUGCGGUAAAGCUGGUCCUGGCGCCAAAGGCAAGGACAUAGAGGAGGGCAAGGCAGCUUUCACGAAAGAUGAGUCUAAGGAGCCCAUUGUGGAGGUUAGAACAGAGGAAGAACACACCCCAAACCAAGAGGGAGGGGGUCCCACUGAGCCCAACGAGACCACCCCUCUGACAGAACCAGAACCUACUGCAGCAGACCCUUCCACUGUGGUAAACUUGAUCCCUUCCGCUGCCACUAACUCGGUUGCUGAGAGCUUUAGCCCGGCCCAGAGCAGUGAAUGCACCACGCUACCCACCAGCGCCUCCAGCCCCACCAAAGCUACCCCUGAGAAGCUGUCCCCACAAAACAGCCUCGCUAACACCCAGCCUGAUGUUGGGCCCCUGGUUGACCUGAGCGACACCCCUAAAACCCCUCCACCGUCCAACCCAACGUCCCUUGUCUCAGAGCCCAUCAGCUCCUCCACUGCUAAUGCUGAGGGGCCCCAGGUCCAGUGCGACCUGGUCAAAGCCCCCGAGAACAUCCCGACUAAGGACUUACAAGUAGACAGCCCAACCACGGAUGCGCCCAAUACGACCACACCAGUCCAAAACAACGGGAAGACCGUGAAGGACGAAAACACCAAAAAUGAAACAGAGGUGAACAACGCUACAACCGAGGUGAAGACAGUUCCCAGUGAGGCUCCCCAGAUGAACGGCAAUGAAAGCAAAGCGUAAUUUGCCCCGAGAUCAGCAGGAAGAAAGAAGGGGAUGGCCGGGUGUGGGGUUUCCUUGGGUUUUAAAUGUGGGUGGGGUGGGGGGUGGGGUCACUGUCACUGAAACCUUGAACCAAUGUCGCACACAACGACAUUCCAUCAGAGAAAAAUGACAAAAAGCAACAGAAAAUUAAAAAAAAAAAAAAAAAGAAGAAAUCAUGGGUCUCCAGUGUCUUCUGACUAGGAAAUUGUAAUGAGUUCAUGCACAUGCCUUAGUUCCUUCUAUUCUUUUAUUUGUCACAGAAAAUGGAAAUUUCAUUCUUAGAAUCCACCAGUUUGCUUGUAUGUAAUGUUAAACGGAUCACCACAGAACAGAAUCGAAAUGAUUAUCCUCUAGAUCACUAUGGACUGUAGCUUUACUGCCUUAAUCCUGUACACAUGUAAGACUGGGACAUUACCAACACUACUAUUCUUUAUGCAGUAUGAUCAUUGUUGUGGUAAUGGAUUAUUGAUUUAUUUUCCUUUGUCAAUAUUGUGUUGUGUUAAAAUAAUGUGUGGAUGUUAUUGCCUAUUUAGCUUUGUUUGAAUGUGUUAUUUUCAAGGCUAGAGUUUAGAACGAUAGCAUGCUUGUUUUUUGCAAUGUAUUUCUGUACAUGUUGCUGUCCUUGUCUAUAGAUAGAUUUUUUUUUUCUUUGUAAAGGUUUCCACCAUCUUCUGGUCCAGAAAUGGUUUUGCUGAAUUAAGCAACAAGAAACUGAAUAAGACACCCCAAGAAGAACAUUUAAUAUGCUGUAAAAGUUGAACUUCUGGUAGUUCAAUGCUGUCUCCUAAAAAUUAUGCUCAUUUACACUAUUUUUUAUUUUUUCAAAAUGAUUUGGAGGAAAUAUGAAUGCAUGGUUUGCAGGGAUUAUGUUCACUGACAAUGUUUCCAGUCAUUGUCAAUGAACAUCUCGCUAUUAUAGUGGCUAAACAGAGUAGGAAUGCAAUUGUUGGCAAUAGCAUGCGGGGGAAUUGAGCAAAAUCUGUGCAAAAAAUAUUUAUGUUUGUUUACUUUUUUUUCUGAUUCCAUGUUUGUGUUGCUCUAUUUCAAAAUAUUAACUGUGUGGAAUUUUUGUGUGUAUGAACAGAAUUUAAAGGAGACAGAGGAAGAUGGGUGAUGGUUAGGGGUUGGGGUCCAGGUAAAAUGAGCAUAUAAAGCUGUGUCGAGCUGUCAGGAUCAUCAAACUUCCAAACCCAUAAACAUCCAGUAUAUGGUAGAAACAAGUGAUCUGGUUUUAGUAACACACAAGCCAUCAUGCACUCGUCCAGAGUUAAUUAUUCUCAGUUGGAUUUCAUCAAGUUGAAAAACUUGACAAAAUAUACCAGGUGCACUCAGAUCACUCCUCAAUGUAUCCUAAAUACUGGACAAAAACAACUGAGUUACAGUAUGUAAAGUCAGUUAGAAGUUGCUGAUACAUUUGCAAGUUGUCAUUCAUAUUUUCGGUGUAAAUGUUGAAAUUCCUAAACCCAGUGACACUGAGCCAAACAGUUUAUAUGCAGCUCCAUUUUCUGUCCAAACAGUACCACUACUUCUGGACUCAGUGUGGACCAAACAUUGAGAUUUCGUGAACCUUUUAUUCAUCAUCUCACUGACCAUGUUUCACGGAGGUGGCCCCAGACACAGCUAAUAUGUUUGUUGCUCUUAUACUGUCAUUGGAUUUUCUUUUGAUUUGAAGAACGAACCUUUAUGUCUUUGUCUCUCACGUACUGUACAAACCACCACUUUUUCUUGAGGUCUCCUUUAAGCACUUCGGACCACUUCUUUACCUGGUCAUUUGGGUGUGAACAUAGACUGAGGGAGGCUACAUGCAUUCUGUCACAACAAUGUACUACAGGUCAGUAAGUUAGAUGCCUUGUGGUUAACCAUCUAUACUCUCUGCUUCAUUGUCCUUGUUCCCCUUAAUUUUCACUACUUGUUAGUGAAUGUCCUGAAAGCUUAGCUGGCUUUGAGUAACCAAACGGCCUUGAUCCCCUUCAGCCGCUGGUGUCAGUCAACCACAGACGAUGUUAAUGUGGAUUUGUGACACUAAUGUUUCCAACAUUGUGCACUCACAGUGUGUCACUGUAUGUCAGAAAUGUAGUCAUGGUUGGCAGACAGUGGUCCUUGGUGAAUAUGUGCACACUAAGUUCUAAGUAGUAUCUUAUGUAGUAGCACUUCAGUACUUUAGCUGCUUUAGGGUUAAUUGGUUGUUAACUGCAAACAUUCAGGACUUAAUCUAGCAGCUAUUUUCAAGCAAAGAAACAUGAGUUGAAAGUAGUCUUUGCAUGUGGUCCGACCACAGUAUUUAUGGUCUCUACCAAAUUUAACUCAAUUGUUAUGCAUUCAUGAUGCUGUAGGACUCUACACUCAUCCUCUUCCUGUCUACAACUGUGUGGCCAAACAGUUGAAAUUCAGAUUUACUGUUUAUUAAAAAUUUUAAGUCAUGUUCCUGAUGCCACACCAAUCCCACUUUUGCUCUUGCGUUGUAUUUGUCCUCAAGGUGCACAGAGCGGAGACUGUAAUAGCUGCUAAAGCAGGCCGUUUGCAUUCACUUGAGGCUAAGAUCAAUUUCCUUGCGUUUGUUGACUGAAGCCUGGACUGAGGCAGGUAUCUCUGGACUUCAAACCUUAAAACCUCAACAACAGAAACCUGAGGAGGUUCAAAGGAUCUGGUUAUUUUGAGCAACAUCUGGGAUCAUAUUUACCAGUUUAAUUAAACUAUCUCAGUUUGGUAGAACCAUCUUUUCUUUCCUAAGCCCUAUUCACAUGGGACUAGUACUACCUGUGAACCCCUGGUCAUUUCUAAUUAUAAUUGGGCAGAUUGUCUUUGAUCUUAAUCCUGUGCAAAUCAUCUACAUUUAUAAUUUGUAAAAUACCCUAUUUAUGCAAAUACAGAGAUCCUGUGAUAAUGGUAGUCCCAUGCAAACCAACAUAUCUGUGAUUUGGUGGUAUUUGCAAUGAAUUUGCAUUCAGCGGACAUUUAUUCAAUCUAUUUCUUGGUCGAGGAUUAUGGCAGCUGCAUUGGUGAUCAUAAAUGAAAGUUUUAAAAUAGCCACGAUAUAACAUAUUCAGUGAAAGAGCACAUUUAAAUCCUUCAAAAGAGCAACACCUCAGAGAUGGAUAAGAUGGAUACCAUGCAUCGCAACUUCAGUAAGGAACAUUUUUCUGUCCGUCAGCAGGUAUCAGUACAUGCUGAGCCCUAACGUUCAAGCAGGGAAUAAUGUCAGUAAAUUUAAGUAAAAAAACAGACCUUGCUGAUUCCGCGUGAAUGCACCAGAUGUCCGCAUUUUAUACUUGUCCUAUGAAAAUAUCUCUUUACUCAUUACCCACUUUUGAAUUCUUUACUCUUUAUGGACUUUAUCUUGAUGAGGACUUGGGUUUGGUUAUGUAGUUCAUUAUAGGAAAGGUUUAAGCAUGUGUCUAUGUUGUAAUCCUCAUUAGAUCCUGUGUAAGAUUAGCGUAGCCAACACUUUCAACUACCAAAAGUCCUUCAAAAUAAAGAAAUAAAACCCUAAGCUGUCACAGGUCCCAAAGAUUCCUCUAGAAUACUGUUGCACUUCUUAACAUCACCACGUCUAGAGUUACGUUUGAGCUGUGUAUGAACUGAUUUAGUUUAGGCUGUGUGUUAGCCACAUGUUAAAUGCAGAAACUCUCAAAGAAAGUCUAAUACACAUAUGUUUGUCCUUUCGGUACUUCUGUGUAGUCCUAACCCUAAAAAGGGAAAAAGGUGGCUGAUGACAGGUUGAAACUGUUAGGUAUUUGUCUGUAGCUGAAUGUACUCACACAGCCUUUCCGUGGGCUUUGACUCCCACAAACCUGAAUGCAGAACAAAUGUGGCCUCAUAAAACCUGAACAGGAAGGCAGUUGGUCUGUUGUGUUUAAAGGUUCUGUUUGGAUGCAUAUACAUGGUUCUACAAUGAUAAUGAUAAGAAGCCAUAAUACUCUGCUGUGGAUUUGGAAGUUCAAAGUCUUAAAAAUAUUUGUGUACAGUGUUUCUCCUUCUUUAGACUGCAAGUUAGUACACUGUGAAUGUGUGAAUCCAUUGUGUCCUUUGUCAUGUAGUUGAGAGAUUAGUCUGAUUGUGAAAACACGUAGCUGACAGAACACAAGGGAAUUCUCAGUGGCAACAUAGAAAUCUGACAGCAGCAAACUGGAAAGACACAGUGCCUUUGAAAAAGAAAACGGUGGCAUGCAUUCCAUUCCUCUCAGUGUCUUUGCAUUAAAGGUUUCACAUCUCCA